AUGGUGAGCAAGGAGGGCGGCAAAUGCAUGCUCACCAACUCAGAGUCUGACUCGGAGGCAGUGCCCGUGCCCUCCACCUCGCUGGCGCUGGAGGUGAAGUAUUCCCUGGAAGCCAGUCGACAGGUGAGGAAGAGGAACAAGGCCCUGCAAGUGCGUUUCAAGGAUAUCUGCGAGGCACAGAACGAGCAAAGGGAGGCGGAGUUGCAGGCAGCGGGGAAAGGCGGCAAGCCGAUCUCCUACAAAGUGGCGUACCGCAAGUACAUGACCGUCCCCGCCCGCCGGUCCAUCCCAAACGUCACCAGGAGCACAGGCGUGCAGACGUCCCCCGAUCUGAAGAACCGCUAUCAGACCUUUCCCUUCGAGCGCAAAAAAGGCCACACCUUUAAGCACGUGGCGGCCGUGGAAACCUACAGAGGUCAGAAUAACGGUUUUGUCAUGGAGGUGAAGCAGUCCAAGGCUGCUGAGCAGGGUUUAGAUGAGGAGGAGGAGGAGGGAGCCUGCGGGGGGAGUGGAGUCCGGAGAACCAGGGCUCUGCUCCAUACUAAUGAGUGCAUUGCCACAGUGGAGCAGCACACUGCACCUGAUGGCCUGUGCUCUGACGCUCUGCAGCUCAGUUGCUCUGCAGACACAGACUGCCUUGCAGACACACAGAGAGGAAGCGGAGCCGGAGCACAGGCUGAGUACCAGCUCUGCAGUGUCCCAUCCAAAGCCAGGACAGGAUUACAACACAGGGAGGCCGAUACCGACCGCUCGGCCAAGAGGCAGCUGCUCAAUCUGGAGGAGGGCUCGUCCCGGACCCUGCCGGACAGGGCCUCCAAGGUUACGGGCCCCAUCGCAUGGAACUCCCUCACGCAGGUGGAGUGCCUGGACAGUCCGUCUGUGCGUAGCAAGCGGAAGAAAGCCCUGCAGCUCAACGGGGUGCAGAGUGAGACGCUACCACGCUCCAGCGGAGGCUGUACAACACAGGCACAGUGCCACACAGGACAGCUAUCUGCCCGGCCUCUACGGGGCAUGGAUGAGCCUCUGACGCCCGGUAGAGGUGGCGAGGCUCGUGGGGCAGCGCCCAACCAAACACAGGAGGCCUGCAAGCAAAUAGUGCCUAUGAAUCAGGACGGGGAAGUUAAAGCACAGCUCCAGGCCAUGGAAAAUCUCAUCAGCUCCAGCCAAGAGACCAUCAAGGUGCUGCUGGGGGUCAUCCAGGAACUGGAGAAGGGGGAGGCCCACAGAGAAGGACUCACCUAUCGAACGGGACAGGACACGGCCAACUGCGACACGUGCCGGAACAGCGCAUGCAUUAUUUACAGUGUGGAGCUGGACUUCAAGCAGCAGGAGGACAAGCUGCAGCCGCUGAUGAUGAGGCUUUGCCCGACGCCGGACGGCCACUUCGCCUCCCUGCCUUACCCCCAGGAGGCCUUCACCUCCACCCCAAAGCGCAAGUCCAAAGCCGACUCCAAGAAGCACGCUCGCUGGAAACUUUGGUUCCUGUGA